GGGCGCCGUGAUAACGCAACUCUCCAUCAGAGAAAAACCUUCUCCAUUAAGCAUUAACUCCAUAAGCUCAGCCCUCGAGACCGUCUUAUCUUCACAGUGGCUCCAAGGCAAUGCUUCAAGGUAUCUGAGCGACAUCUGGUACGGAACUGGACAAACUAGUAAGUUGCAGAAACUGGCAACAAAAUUUCCACUGACAAUGAACGCUGGUCGUGUCCUGUAUUGAAGACCUUGUUCUGAUUGAGUUAUCUCUCAAGAAUUCUCGCAGCGCAUUUUGCGAGACGCUCAAUUUUGAAAGUGACGAGUAUUCUAUCGAUCCGAUAUUUGAUAAUGUGUGCUUGAUGUGUGCAUUGUGUGUUGACGCCCUUUGAUUGUGCUUACGGUUACACUAGUUGGCACAAUCACUUCGCGUGUUGAGCAAAGCAUGAUCAAUUGACAACAAACGCUCUUGCUUUGGCCUAGGUCCGCAACCCGUGGGAACAAUAUUAAUCACUUUUGCAAAACUUGAAUCAAUCUCCGUCACAGGGUGUAUGAAUCGACGGGGUUGUAUAACUAAUUAAAGAUAAUCUGGGACAUCAAGAUUGAUAUUACGAAUGUGUACACAUCACAUUAAGAAUGCACAUGUCGAAUAAAUUUAUGUUGUAUGGAGGUGAUGGGGCUUUUGCUGAUAGGCAAAAGAAAUUGUUUGAUCAGUUGUCAAUUGCUGAAAAAGAAUGCAAUAGGGGAAGAAAUAUUGACAAUACCAAUGUGCCAAUGGAUAUUCAAUCUAUAAAUGUAGAUGAACAUCAUCCUCUUCGGAUGGGUAGAAAACGUAAGAACGAAACAAGGCAGUUUCGUGGGAAGGAAAGUAUCUUCAAAAGGCCAGAAGGUCCGGCACCCUGCAAUAAAUCUCGCAGCAUUCCGGAUCACCACAGAAAUCCUCAUAAAUGGGUGAAGUACAGCUUAGAUGAUGUUUCCAGUGACGAUAUGACUGAUUGUAGCAAUGCUAGGACUGCCUUUGCUUUUCUUAAAGAGCUAAAGGCUCGAAAAGCUAAAGAAAACCUAGAAAGCAAGAGGUGCUCGGACUCGUCAAUGGAUUGCAGCGACAAAGAUGAGCCUGCUGGUUCCCAAGGUAUAAGCUUCAAAAAACCGAAACAAAUCACAAGCAUUAAAUACCAAAAGCCAGAUACAUUUGACCAAAAAUAUCGCACUCCUUGUGAUGCUACAGUAAUUAUCGAACAUGAGGAAAAGCCAAUGUUUCGUAGUAGUAAGGUUGUUAUGCCGGAAUAUGUUGUUGGUCAGAAACAGAAGAAGAAGGAUAAGGAAAAGCGAGCAGCUGUGAGAGUGAAAGUUGAUCGUACGAAGGAAUUGAAAUUAAAGCAUUUGCAAGAAUUUGACGAGGAGGAUGAUCAAAUCUGAGAUUAUUUUUGCAAUAAAUUAUAUUUAUACUUA